GUUAAAGUCUGACAAUAGAUAUUGAUAAGAAAGACAAAUUUUUCUAAUGGAUUUUAUUGUGAUUGAAAUAGUUUUUUGCAUAUUUAUUAAUCAAUUACUGAGUCACUACGCAUUAUUAGCGAUAAAAAAGGAAUUUCCUUGUUUAUUGAACCAAUUCAUUCAAUUCCAAAUUAUUCUGUUUAUCAGUUUAACUUCGGCCAGUGAAAUAUCGAGUUCGGCGACGUCGGAAAAAGUUAUAAUAUUGCUGCCAAAUAUACAAAUAGAUUUAGGACAAAAAAAAAUAUAUAUUCGUGAUAAAUCGUUUCGAAAUGUGCGUGAAUAAAUUCGAAAAAUCGUGUGCAGAAAUAGCUGCUCGUUUUUUGAUAAGAUAACGAUUUUAUUUUUAUUACAAUCAAUUUAUUAAUAAUUAGAUACUCUGUCAUCGGCGAAUUUUUUUCUCAAGUGUGGACGUGCCCGAUCAAAUUCAGUAUUUUUGUCAACAUCUACAGUGUGUUGCGUGAAUUUAUAAGAAUGGCUGUAAGUGCUUUAGCUGCGGGAAUCGGCGCCGGUUUGGCUUAUCUAAGUUGUGUCUUGUGUUGUAAAGGUAUGGAACAUUGUAGACAUCAAAAAAUGACAGCUCACCAACAGGAAGAUAUUUACAAUAUAAGUAGUCAAGUACAGAAUCAAGAACAAUGGCCGACACAUAAUGCCCAUUUAUCUUUAGACCACAUCACGUUAAUGAAUCAAAUGAACAAAUCUGCGUAUGAUGACGCACCCCCCUCAUACGAUGAAGUUAUGAAAGCAAGUCUACAAAAUAACGGUGGUACCUCUACAUCAGAAUUACCACCUCCUCCUCCGCCGUCUCACGCUGUAAUUGUUGUACCACCAACAACAACAACAACGUCGCAGUAAUUCCAAACAAUUCUGUAGAUAAUAAAAAUGCUCAAAAAAUAGAGUAGCUCAAAAAAUUAUUUUAAUUAAUAUCCUAAAUAUCGUCUAUAAUGCUCUAAUUCAUUACAAAAGAACGUUUCACACAAUCAGAUUAACCGUUUAGUGUAUAACCAGCUUUAGCAAUCAGUAAUUCGCCCAUAAUUCGACCGGAUUAAUUGAGACGGUAACAAAUUCCAAUAAUUAUUAUUCUAAUUAAUUAUAUACUGUGAUUUAGAUGAUAAGAUAUUAAAUAUGAAUGUGUAGAUAUUUCUAAAAAUCAAAUUUUGAGUAGAACAUACUCGAAACCAUCUUCCGGAAAUUGUAUUCACAAUAUAUAAUCUAUAAUCACACUUACAUCACGAAAAAAAGUUUGUUCUGUUAGGGGCAGUCUUUCAAAGUCAAACAUUGUUUCAUUAAUUUAUUAUAGUCACGUUGUAUUUUGUUUUUAUUUACAUUUACAAUAUCUGAAAUGAAUUACUGUGAUCCGUGUAUUAUAACAUUGAAUUCAAAACGUAUUUUUUAGUGUAAAUAGGUAGGCUAUACAUGUAGUAAGUUUAUUAAUAAAAUCUCAUUUUAUACAGAUUUAAUCAGACUGACCAGUUAGAUUUUAUUGUGUACAUGCAAACAACUGCAUAUACCUGGAAAGUAUUUAUAAUUAUAAUAAAUCUUUUAGAUAUCAA